AUGACAGUGGCGAAGAGGGUUUCCACGUUCGUGGACAAACACAAUGCUCAAAGCAUAGCCACCGCCGUUUUGUCGUGGCACAGCAGCAACCUAGUUCCGACCGUACGACUCACAAGCCACCCCUGCGGCAUGCGGCUCCUCUCCGCCGCUUUCUCCGCUUUCCCGUGCUCUCCCCUCUCGCCGCUGGCCGCUCCGUUAGUCUCGUCGCCACAUUGCGCCACGGCGCGCCGCGUGCCGCGCCAUCAUCUCGCCAUUACUUUGUUUCCGCGGCUCCGGUUCCGCCUUACCUCUCGCAUAGCGCGCGCGGUUGAGCGGCAUGGCGCGCAUGGUGCAGUGCCCGCGCUGCCGCGCCGUGCUGCAGGAGCCGCCGCCGGGCAACCCUUUCUACAAGCCCUCGCUCUUGUUCUCUCGUGCCCCGCAUGCGUCCUUACCCUCCCCACCUUCGUUCCGCCCGCUCACCCGUUUCCCCGCUCCCAUUGCCCCCAUCUCGUGCGCGCAGCGCGCCACGCCGUGUACGGGGGAGUGCCGCGCCACCCCGUCGGCAUUGACGUCGGAGGACGCUCGUCCGCCUCCUUCUCCCCCCUCCCGCCGCCCCACUCGCGCGGGCCCCCCGUUCCGCGCAACCACAGCGCGGACCGCCCCCCGCCGUCUCUCUUCGCGUCGCCGCACGCCACCCCUCCGCGCCCCCCGCAGAUCUCCAAGUCUCUCUCGCAAGGCGCAUCCUCCUCCACGCUUCAGAAUACUCCCGCCUCCGCCUCUCCCCGCGCGUCCGCGGCCUCCUCUUCCCCGCGCACCUCCCUUUCCGCCGACCCCUCGUCCCUCUCCUUCCGCCCGCGCGCCCUCUCCGCCUCCUUUGCUGGGCGCGGCGGGGCGGGCGCGCGGGCAACGCUGUUUGGCCACGAGAUGGCGGAGUGGGGGGACGAGGGCGCGGAGGAGGAAGAGCCCGCGGAGGCGGGCGCAGGGGCAUGGGCGGGGGAGGGGAAGGGCGGAGGGGCGGAGCCAGGGGAGGGCGGAUUCGGCGGCCAGGCGGACUCGCCUUACCGCAGGGGCAGGGGGGAGGAGGUCAGUGGCGGAGGGGCGCAGGCAUGGGCGCAGGGUGGCGGGCGGGAGGAGGAGGGCAGUGGGGAGUGGGGGCAGGGCGAGGGGGACGAGGGGGGCGCGCCAGUGGCGACAGCCAGCAGCCCCCCCAACCCCUCCGCCGCGUUUGGGCGCCAGUCCACCCUUCCCCCGCGCCUGCCCCGCCACGCCAGUCCCCUCCAGGCGCCCUCCCCGCGCUCCUCCGCCCGACCGGGCGCGGCAAGGCGGAGGGCGCUGGGGUCUGGCAUGUGGGCGGGGUCAGGGGGGAGCGGGAGGUGGGCGCAGGGGGAGGGGAACAGCGAGCGGGAGGGGGAGGAAAGGGGAGAGGAGGGGGAGGAGGCGGAAGAAGGGGAGGCAGUGGUGUGGCCGAAGGGGUGGGCGGAGAUAGAUGCAGCAUGGUCGGAGGGGGAUAUGGGGGGGAGCAUGGGCGGAAGCAUGGGCGGAAGCAUGGGGGGAGACAUGGAUGGGGGAGUGGCGUGCACCCAGAGCAUGGAUAGCGGGGUCCCAACGAGGCAUGCGUCGAUGGCUUUCCACUUCUCGCCCGCUGUGCUCGCCCCCUCCACGCACUCUCCCCGCUCCUCCUCCUCUAUGCACCGCUCGCUCUCCGUGCCUCGCCGCCUGGCUGCUGGGGCAGCCGGCGCAGGAGGAGAGAAUGCAACGGGGUGUAAUGGUGUUGAGGGGGACGAGAGCGAAGGGGAGGUGGGGGUGUCGCAGGGAGAGGGCGUGCAGGCAGAUACCGCUGCUGGUGCACCGCCCUCCCCCUCACCUCUCUCCCCGUCACCCCUCUCCCCCUCGCCUCUCUCCCCUGCUGUGUCCAGCAGUCGCCACAUAGCGCGCAGCUUUCAGAGUGCAAGGGAAGUGAGGGGCGGGGCGGGCAUGGUGGGCACCCAUGCCACGGGCAGCGCUCCUGGGUCACCCAUGCGGGGGGCAGCAGCCCUGCAGGCAACAGCCCUGCAGGCUGUAGCGCGCAUGGCAUCGGUGGGAGGGGAUGCAGCGGCGGCUGGGAAUGCAGGGGCGGAGGAGGCGAGGGGCAGUGGCAGGGCGGAGGGCGGAGCAGCAGAGGGGCGUGGGGAAUCGGACAGAGGGGAGGGCAGCCAAGCAAGUGAGGCUGAUGGCAGCCGAUCGGGCAGGGAGAGUGCAGCGAACGGAGAGAGCAGGGGAGAGAAGGGUGGAGCCUUGGAGGCGGCGGAGGGGGAGGAGGGGCCAGCGAAGAUGAAGGUGACGCGGCGGCAGUACAUGGAGAUGAAACGCGCUGCCGAGGCCGCUGCUGCUGCUGCUGCUGCUGCUGCCCAGGCCGCUUCCCGGGGUGCUGCAAGUGGCAGCGGGGGAACGCAACCCGCCCCUGCCAUGCCCGCCACCCCGCGGUCACGCUUCGCUGAGGCUCUGCAGAGCCCGCGCCUGCUGCCGGAGUGGCACGGCGGGCGGGGCAUGGGCGCGGGCAGAGGAGCGGGUAGUGUGCUGGAGAGACGCAAGUCGGGUCUGCGAGGCAAGGCAGCGAGAGACGCGGCAUCUGCUGCUGCUGCUGCCGCUGGUGCUGCUGCUGCUGCUGCUGGUGCUGCUGGUGCUGCUGCUGCUGCCGCUGCUGCUGGUGCUGAAAGGGCUUCUAGUGAGGGCGGUGCUGUGGGUAGCAGCGUGCAGGGCGGAGGGGAGGGCAGCCGAGGUGCAGAUGUGGAGGGUGGUGGUGAUGCGAGGCAGGCAGGGAGCGUGGGCGAUGCAGGGGCACCUGGCGAGGUGGGGGAAGUUGAGGAGGGGGAGGGGGAGGUGGUGAAGGAGGCAAGGGAGGGCGGUGGUGCAGUGAGUGCUGACCUGCCGUGCCUGCCGCCGCCAGACGCCCCUCAAGUCGUGCAGUGUCCGCACUGCUCGCAAGCCCUCGCCGUGCCGCCCAUGCCGCGGCGGCGCAAGCAGGGAGGCACGCAGAAGCUGCGGUGCGGAGGCUGCCAGCAGGUCUCCACCUUCGCCACCCCGCCCCUCCCCUCCCACUCUCAACAACCCUACCAGCCGCCCUUCGCCCCCGCCCACCCCCUCUCCUCACCAUCAGCGUCCCUCAGCCCAUCCCCCCGGCACCCCCUCGCCUCCCCCUACCGCUCCCUCUCCUCCCCCCUCGCGCGCCUUCCCCCCGCCAUCCCCUCCAGCCCCCACGGCUCCCCCAGUUCCCCCAAUGCCACGCCCAGGGCGGCCCCCCAGUCCCCCCAAGGCGUGCCCAGGAGCACAAGCCAGGAGAGUGGGUCGAGGGGGGCGGGGGGGGGCUGGCAGGGGGGGAGGCAGGGCGUGGGGAGCAGGCGGGGGGACGUGACGAGAGACCUGUCGCCCCUCAGCGUGCCCUCGCCCCGCCUCGCCCGUGCUAGAGGCAACCCCGCCCCGUCGCCCCUCAAGGGGUAUUCAGGGGCAGGGAGCGCAGGGAGGGCUGUCAAUGGCAUUGUGGGGGGAGGGGCAGGAGGGGGGAGAGAGCGGGGAGGUGGGAGCUGCGUGGAGCAGGAGGGAGACGCAGAGGACGGGGAUGGGGCGGAUGUGGCGGUGCGUGUGAGUGGCAGAGAGAGGGAGGGCGAGUGGGAAGGGGCAGGGUGUGGGGCGGAAGGGUGGGAGGGACAGACGGGCGGAGGAGAGGGGCAGGAGAUAGAGGGAGAGGGGGAGGGGUGGGUGGGGGGCAGCAUGGGGAGCGAGUGGAGUGGGGGGGCGAGCACGGAGUGGAGUGGGGGAGGGGGCAGUGUUCAGUGGAGCGGUGACAGCGGCAGUGAGUGGGCGGGGGAGCGGGGCGGCGCGAGGGAGGGGGAGGCGUAUGAGCGGAGAGUGGUGGUGAACGGUGCAGCCAUCAGCGAUGCAGACGUGCAGCAGGCAGAGCUGCUGGCGGGGCCCAUCGACCCCGGCCACUACUGGUACGACGCGCGAGCUGGCUUCUGGGGAGUUGUGGGUGGGCCCAGCCUCGGCAUUCUGCCUGCCAACAUACCACAGCUGAGGGAGCCGAUGAGGCGGGACUGUUCAGGGGGGCGCACGCGUGUGCUGGUGAACGGCCGUGAGCUGUGCCAGCGCGACCUGGCGCCGCUCACACGGCGGGGCAUGCCGGGGGCAGCGCAGCGGCAGUACACGCUGGACGCCUCGGGGCACCUGCGUGACGCUGCCUCCAACGCCCUCGUCUCCCACCUCGGCCACCUCGCCCCCUCGUUUCCCCCACCUCUCACCUUUUUGCUUGCGCUGUUCCAGCGAUAUUCAUGGCGCGUCCCAAGCAUCGAUGAUCGAUCAGCGGCGUUCGCGAUUCCAUACGCCCCUCGAAACUUCGACAUGGGACUACUCCUCGCCAUGUCCGCUUACCUUUCACGAUCUCGUUGCUAA